CCCUGUAACGUCGGCCGGAAGCAGGAAGUGUCCAGCUUGUUGUGAGUUGUCGCGGAUGCUUUGCAGUUCGCUGGUUUCUUCUUCCACCUGGCUCUAAUGGCGAGCUCAGCGGGUCCGGGUCGGACCGGGUCGGGACUCUGGUCCUCGGCGCUGCUCCUGCUGGUGCUGAUGGUGCUGAGUGGGCCGGUCAGGGCCGUGUCCGAACCGGGAAAAUGGAUCCUGAACGUGGACAAUGAAGUUCUGAAGAAGCAGAACUUUUUCUACUUUGCCAAAACUUUGUUCAACAGCAGCUCCAUCCACCUGAAAGUGGUCUCAGAAACAUGUAACGCCUCGGCUCCCGUCCACCUCAACGUGUCCUGGUAUCUGAGGAACUCGCACUGCUACGACGAAGUCUUCGGCCUCGACGCGUCGAGGGCUGCGAGCUACUUCAGGUCGACGGAGGUCAGACCAGGAGGAGGAAGUGGAUUCUACGUGUUCCACCAAUAUCCUGCCAUCACCUGCCAGCCACAACUGAGCCCGAACACGUUCGGACUGGAUGUCCUGAAAGACAUCAGCAGGCGGCUGACAGAACUGCCGCAGCUGGAGCCGACGACAGCGAAGACGCCGGGCCUGAGGAAGAGGAGGAGCGAGGUGGCGCCUCCCAAACCAAAGGCUGCUGCUCCAGUGAACGACGGAGCUUCAGCAGAAACAAAAGACGCUGCAGCUAAAGAGAAGGCGGCUCAUCCGUACUUCGAUGCGGUGGCGGAGAGCUGGGAGGACGGACCCUACAUGUUCAUCCUGAACAUCAGAGAAAUCAAAGACAAGAGCCGAGCGAACGACCCGGUGAACCCGCCUCAGCCCUGGAGCCUGCAGCUGCAGGUCAGCAUGAAGGGUCCUCACGACUACAUAUCAGCCUCUGAAUGGCCUCUGAUGGUGUUCUACAUGGUGAUGUGCAUCGUGUACGUGCUGCUGGCGGUUCUGUGGUUGGUUCUGUCCGCCUGUUACUGGAGGGAUCUGCUCAGGAUCCAGUUCUGGAUCGGGGGCGUCAUCUUCCUGGGCAUGUUGGAGAAAGCCGUUUAUUACGCCGAGUUCCAGAGCAUCAGAUACGACGGCUUGUCAGUCCAGGGGGCGGUGGUGUUCGCUGAGGUGCUCUCUGCUGUGAAGAGGACUCUGGCCCGGGUGCUGGUGAUCAUCGCCAGUCUGGGAUACGGCAUCGUCAAGCCCAGACUCGGUGCGCUGCUCCACAGAGUUGUUGGUGUCGGUCUGCUGUACUUGAUCUUCUCCAUCGUCGAGGGGAUCCUACGAGUCAACGCUGAUCGAGGCGACAACAACAACAGUAGACUUUUGUGUGACAUAGUUCUGGCCUUCACUGACUCCUGUGUUGUCUGGUGGAUCUUCGUGAGUCUGGCUCAGACGAUGAAGCUGCUGAGGCUGAGGAGGAACGUGGUGAAGCUCUCGCUCUACAGACACUUCACCAACACGCUCAUCUUCGCCGUCAUAGCGUCGGUCAUCUUCAUCAUUUGGACCACCAAGACCUUCAAGAUGUCCAAAUGUCAGUCUGACUGGAGGGAGCUGUGGAUAGAUGAUGCGUUCUGGCGCUUCUUGUUCUCCAUCAUCCUAUUGGUCAUCAUGUUCCUAUGGCGACCGUCAGCCAAUAACCAGAGAUACGCCUUCAGUCCUCUGCUGGAUGAAGAGAGUGAGGAGGAGGAGAAGGAGCCGAUGAUGAACGAGGCUUUCGAGGGGAUGAAAAUGAGGGGCAUGAAAAAUGAGACCAACGGUUCAGCGAAAGCCAACAAAGUGGAUGAGGAUCUGAAAUGGGUCGAGGAGAACAUCCCUUCAUCUAUGGCAGACGUCGCCCUGCCGCCCCUGCUGGACUCUGAUGAGGAAACGAUGACGACUAAGUUUGAGAUGUCCAAGAUGGAGUGAAGCUGCAGAGGACGGACGGACGGGUGGAGGCGACGUGACGGAGGAGGAAUAAUACAGAUUAAUAUCAGUUUAAGAAAGGUGGAGCAGAAGAGACGGACGGCUGAUAUAAAUGCACAUGUGAGGGGGGAAGACGGACUGAUGGAUGAAAGAGGGAACGUGGAGAGGAGCGAGUGUCGGUUUGUGAUUCAAUCCCUGAAUUUAUGAGCUUCGUAAGCCUUGACUGUACAUACACUGGGAGGAAUAUCGAUCACAGCGGCACACAGAGCCUUUUUAUUUUUAUUGCCUGUUUGUAUUUAUAUUUCUAUAUAUUUACAGUAUAUUUUGACAAAUUCGAUGUUGAUGCGGCUCGUUUAGCCUUUUCACCAUUUCCAUGUGGAGGUGUGAUUUUCAGACAGUUUGUGUUUCGCUGUCUCAGCUCUUCCUGUCGCUGUCUCGGUUUUUUUUUCCCUACAUCGGCUGAUUAACCAUGAACCUGCCGACUGAGCGGGUUUUAUUUGGAUCCUUUCGACCUGUAAAGACCAAAGUUGUGACUCUGAAAGAUAAAAUCAUGGAUGUGGAGACAUGUUGAAAUGAAAUAUUUUCUCAUUGUUACUUUUGGAGCCGUGAGGUUUGUUGUUGAAGGUAGUUUUGUCUCGUUCCAGCUUUGAAUCAUUAAAACUGUUCUCACGCAGAUGAUUUUACACAGA